UUUAUUUUUUUUAGAAAUUGUAUUAAGACAAUUAAAAAUGUUUCGUUUUCUCGUUUAGUCCAAAAAUAGUUUGAAAAAUAAUUUUUAAAAUAGUCAAAAAAUAAUUUAUAAUCGUAAAACUGGAAAAUGAGUCUGUCCGAAAGUGGCAGUGACGUCAGCGAUGCCCCACUCAUCAAGCCAAAAGUGGAAAAACGUUCCGGAGUUGUUGCCGACCUGUCGAAACAUAACUUGGUGGAAGCCUCACCCAAUCUAACUCCAUUCCUUGCCACGAAGACGACCACGCGAGCUAGCAUUCUUAAAAAUAAAGAUGAAAAACCACUUCUGUCUGCUGAAAAACCUUCCGCUAGAAUACAUUCUAAAGAUGUUUCAGACAUACCGAAACAUGAUAUACUGGAAACAACGCAUAAACCGACUCCAAGAAAAAAUGAUAGAAAACUAUUUUUCCCUGCUGAAAAACUUCCCAGAAAAAAACGUUCCAAAUAUAUUGAACAAACAUCGAAACAUGAUUUGCUGACAACCCCGCACGAACAAGCUCCAAACGCCAGAAAUGAGAAAAGUUCGCAAGGUGACAUGCCAAAAACAAAAGAUGACAACCUGCUUUUAAAACCUGAACUGCUGCCAACUCCGCUUAAACCAACUCCAAUAAAAACCGAUAAAAAUGCUGACGCUAAUAUUUUAAGAAAAAAAGAUGGAAAGUCUUCCGGAAAAAUUUCAGACGCGACGAAAAGUAAAUUGCUGGAAACCACAUUCAAACCAGCUUCAAAAGUUAGAAACGGUAGUAAAAAUUUAUUUUCAAAAAAUACGCUAAAAACGCUUUCAAUGCCAGCUUCUUCGAUAAAUAAAACAAGCAAAAACCGAAAACGUUUAAGUACCUCCUCCUCCUCCUCCUCCUCUGGUACUAGCCUUACUCCAGCACCGUCAGUCAAAAGACCACUGGCUCCUGAGAUUGAAGUUAAACCGGAAAAAAGUGAAAAAUUAUUUAACUUGACGGAAGAACAAAAAAAUAAAUUCAGUUCUUUGGAACGUGAUAAAAACGUUACUUCACGAGAGUUCAACCCAUCGAAUAGCUUCUGGCAGUUACUUUUUGCACUGAGACUAAUUAUGUUCGCCAUCGAACUAAUUGCAAUAAAAUCCAUAUUUUCAAUCCCGCAGAGUAUGGGUACUUUGCUUAGUCAGCUGCCAUCUUACGACGAUAAAAAGCAGAAAAUGGUACUCGGAUCGUGGUUUGUUGUUUCCGCUACAAGUAACCUGUUAGGAGCUGCCAUAGCUUUCAACUCGAAACACGCUUCAGUCUGGACGAACAAAUCUUACGUGGUAAAGACCUACAUAUUCUGGCUGACUGUCCAACUGGCCAUUCACUUGGUUGGUUUGUCUACGUGCACCUGGGUUUCUCAGAGUCUCCAUCUUACCAUUGUGCCUCCGGAUAUGAAAAUUUUCCUCACUAACUACAAAACGAACGCGGACAUCAAAUCGGAAAUAGAUCGCAUCCAGUUGGAAAACAACUGUUGCGGAAUGACCGGUCCCAUUGACUGGAUCCAACUGCCAAGCAACCACAACGGCAAACUGCCAAGUAGCUGCUGCCAGGGCUUCGCCAAAUGCCGCCAUAUUAUUGGAAAGAAAAUAAACAUAGACCGAAAAGUUACUCAGAAUGUUCAGGGUUGUUACAAUGUCCUGAUGGAUGAAAUCGAAGCCGAAAGUCAGACGAAGGCUCUAGUUUUUGGCAUCUUGAUAGUCCUUCAGCUUCCUCUAUACUUCCUCACACUCGACUCUCUACCGAACAUGAAAAUUCUUAGCAGGUACUUCGAGCUGAUUGACGAUUUCAAGCAGGAUGUUAGCGACGAAUCGAUGGAGGACCUACCGACCAUGUCAGAAAUGAAACGAGGCGUCAACCAGAAACUGAACUACGACUACUCCUACCAUUCUAGCAGUCGCGAUUCAGAACCUCUCGACCUAACGAACGAUAUGGCCAAUAAUUCGCUUUACUUCAGAAAUCUCGCCGAUAUUCAGACUCUUUCCUCACAAGAAACAACACCAAACUCUGUCGAGCCUCACCUAAGAGAAAUCGCAACAGCCCAAGAACUGAUCUCUGGAAGAAGAGAUCACUCAAACAUUUUAUGAAUCCUAAUUAAUACAUAUUACACUUUUGGCUCUAAUUUAACUAGUUUUAACAAAGUGCAUGUGGAUUUUCAGUAGUAGUAUGAAAUCUGAUAAACGUACAGUAUUUUUAUAACAUACAUUUAAAGAGGACUGUCAUUAAGCAAUCCAAUGUUUACUUAUUUUUUGAAACAAUUCUAACGAUAAUUUGCGAAGAUUCUCGAAAAAUAUCUUAAAAAUUUAAAAAUAAAAAUUUAAAAAUAUC